GCAUUAGUGAUUGAAAACUUACAUUUCUUAUCAGUGACUAAUGAAGGGGACGGGGAAGGAAGGUUCAGGCCAUCGAGCUCCCCAAAACCACGUAACAAUAUUUACCCACUUCCCUUUCAGCCCAACACUCACUCAUGUACUGCUGAAGUGGUGUUGCUAUUACUCAUAUAACCUUUGUGGAAGGCUUUAAGGUUACCUCUUGAUAGGUGGCAGGCCUCCCAGCAGCAGGGUCAUGGCUUUGCUAGUGGCCCUCCUGCCCCUGGUGGCAUUGGCAGGGGUUACAGCUAAGCACCCAGAUAAGGGCAGCCAGGAAAGAAGCUUUGUCAUUGACUAUGACAACAACCAGUUCUUGAAGGAUGGCAGGCCGUUCCGCUACGUGUCUGGUUCCAUCCAUUACUUCCGUGUGUUGCCUUCAGAGUGGAGGGACAGACUUAGGAAGAUGCGCAUGGCUGGUUUCAAUGCCCUGCAAACGUAUGUGGAGUGGGCAAGUCAUGAGCCAGAAUAUGGAAUGUAUGAUUUCUCUGGUAUGAGAAAUUUGACACACUUCCUCACCAUUGCUCAGGAGGAGGACCUGGUUGUCAUUCUUCGUCUGGGACCGUACAUGGAUGCUGAGAGAGACAUGGGUGGUUUUCCGUACUGGUUGCUGAACAAGAACCCAGACAUGAGGCUCAGGAGCUCAGACCCAACCUACCUGAAGUACGUGGACAUCUGGUUCAGGGAUGUCCUGCUGCCCAUAGUGAAGCCGCUGCUCUAUGAGAAUGGUGGCCCAAUCAUCAUGCUGCAGGUGGAGAAUGAGUAUGGCAGUUAUCCUGACUGUGACUUUGCCUACACAAGUCACCUCCGAGACCUGGUGGUUGCUGGCGUGGGGAAGGGACCAGUGUUGUUCACCACUGAUGGGGAUGGGAAGAACUAUCUCAAGUGUGGAAAGAUCCCUGAGGUGUAUGCCACUGUUGACUUUGGCUCAGGCACAAAUGCAAUAAAGGCUUUUGAGAUCAUGAGACUAUUUGAGCCACGAGGGCCACUGGUCAACUCUGAGUACUACCCUGGCUGGCUAGACCACUGGGGUGUUCCUCACAACACCGUCAAGGCUGAGGUAGUGGCCAAAACUCUGGAUGUGAUGCUUGCACUCAAUGCCUCUGUCAACAUGUACAUGUUCCAUGGUGGCACUUCCUUUGGCUUCACUGCAGGAUCCAACCUUGGCAAUCGCUUCCAGGCAUGUCCCACAUCCUACGACUAUGACGCCCCACUCUCUGAGGCUGGUGACCCCACUGAGAAAUACUGGGUUCUCCGCAAUGUGACUGGCAAGUACCUGCCUCUUCCCCCUGGGGAGGUGCCCCCAGCCUCUCCCAAGUUUGGGUAUGGCAAGGUGAGCCUGGCACCCACAGGGAGUGUGUUCCAGAUGGCUGACCUCCUCCAGAAGGUCACCAACAAGUGGCCUCUCACCUUUGAGGAGCUGCUGGUCCCCAAUGGCAUUGUGGUGUACCAGACUGUGCUGCCUUUCCGUAUAGCCGACCCAGCUCGCUUGACCCUGGGUGACAUCCACGACCGAGGCUAUGUGUUUGUGGACACAGAAUUUGCUGGGAUGGUGAGCCGAGAGCAGGACAUGUAUGACUUGGCCAUCUAUGCCCGCCCCAACCAGACCAUUACCAUUGUUGUGGAGAGUCAGGGCCGUAUCUGCUUUGGCUCUCAAAUCAAUGACUUUAAGGGCAUCACCACCAAUGUGACGCUGAGCGACCACACUCUGGAGGGCUGGACCAUGACCCCACUGCCCAUCACCCACACCUCUCGCCUGCAGAAUGCUCUCACCCGCCUACAUAGCUGGGCUGUGGCCCAGAACAUACCACCACUUGGCUUACUGGGCACUAACAAGGGUGGCAUGACUUUCUUCAGUGGAUCCUUCCAGGUCCCAGGGGACUCCUCACAUCCAAGGGACACUUUUCUCAGGCUGGAUGGCUGGAACAAGGGCGUGGCUUGGGUCAACAACUUCUGCCUGGGACGGUACUGGCCUGAGGUUGGGCCUCAGGUGACGCUGUAUGUGCCUCGAGGAGUGUUGCACCAAGGUACCAACACCCUGGUGCUGCUGGAGCAGGAGGCUGCCCCAUGCCUCACGCCAGACACCUGCCAUGCUACCCUGCAGGAGACCCACAUCAUUAAUGGUCCCACCCCUCUGUGAUCCCAGUGCUUCCUUCCCUACCUGACUGCACAGCCUGCAGGCAAAGGCUCAAUGUAGAAUUUUAUGUUUUAGUAUAUUGCUCAAUUUGUAAACAACAUCUUAUAGUGGAAACUAGUCAUUUUAGACAGUGUUCUUUAUUAUUUUCAGAACUAUGGCUGUAGUAAUUGUGUUGUGUGUAGGAUGAACCUUAUGUACCCAACUCAGGUAUUCCCAGCAAUAAGAAUGGUUAGUAUUCAAUCAUCAGCACUCAGGUGACUUACAUAUGAAAAUUUCCUGAAGUUUGUUCAUAUUCAAUGUAUAGUUAUUCCUGCCAUGUAAGGGUUAAACAUUGUACAAUUUCCCACUUAUCUCAGGUUGUGUUAAGCAUCAGUGUGUCUUGCAGCCUUGACUCACCAGUGGCAUUCUUGAUGAUUUACAAACUGAUGUUACUGAGAGCAUUCCAAUGUCUUCAUAAGCUGACUGAUCAUUGAAGUAGGGAAGCUUAGUUUGUCAUAUUGAAAACAGGUAAAUAUUAGAGAUAACUUUUGAUAGAACUGAAUGUCUUGCUAGUAAUGGUUGAAUGCUGAUCUGUGAUUCCGUGUUAGACAAUGAGUUUCAGCAGAGAUAAACCUAAGAUAUUGUUUAACAGAUCUCAAGAAAUACAGACCUUCACAAAGAGAUGUAUGGUAAUAGCAUUUCAUUAUUGUGAAAGGCAGAUUUCUUAUUUACUUGAGUUGCCCUUAAAUAUUACAUACUGCCUUAUUCUUGGUACUAGUGUGUUUAUUACCUACACAUAUAAAUAAGUUGUUUUCUUUAUGGUUAAUGGUAUCUGACUUGUUUAACCUGCAUGUACUAAAUUGUAAAUAAGGUCAAGAAGGAGAAUGGAAGGAUUUCCUGGAGAAUACCCUUAGUGUGUUGCUAGUCAGUUCAGAAAGGUUUCAGCAAUGGAGAGCAAUGGGUUCUUAUGACUGUUUUGCCUUAGAUCACUCACAUCCUAUGGCAGAUAAGGUGAAAAUAACAUAGUUAGAGUUGAGACUUAGGAACAAUUGAACUGUGCAACUUUAAACAUACUGAGGAAUGUGUGGUGCUUACUUUCAGAGAUUAUGUGAUGUUACAUGCCUGGCUGCCAUGUGUAAAGACAAAUAUUAGUGUGUUAUUUGAAAUGUAAAGAAGUAUUACAAUAAAUGAGAGUUGGUAA